UAUACUUUGACAGAAUUGAGAAGCUGAUGCCUAAGAAGUCCACCGUCAGCAGCUCUGUAGCAUGUCAUCCGGCCAAGCUUGUUGCAAAAAAGGAGCAAGCAGGACAGAGAGCGAGCUUGUGCUGGGACCAUACCUUGGAUAGAGAUAUAGAUGUAGAUAGUAGAUUGUCAAUUAAGGACCAGGAGAACCUUCUGCUGUCUUCUCAUGUCUACAAGGCUCCAGCAAGAACCUGCGCUGCUUUGAUGGACGCAUGAAGGAAGAUGUGGCAAGCACAAUUUGCUCCCUGUCGUGAUUUGGCCGCGAGUUUCUCGACGACAUUGACGAAUGGCCAAGCUAGCACAAGCUUCAUGCCUCAUGUUACAGCAUGUCCACACGUAACUCAACAGCAGAUGAGAUCUACUACAAGCGUCUUCCGUCCUCUGAAUCAGCUAGCAAGACAAGUUCUGUCAUUUUUUUACAUGGCUUGGAAACUUCACAUAUUGAGUUCUCUCUCGUCACGCCUUUCUUGUCCAGCUUUGACCUCCUUCUUGUGGAUCUUCCUGGACACUCGCGCUCCAGAGGUAUUUCCUUUAGUCUCCAGACUGCUGUAGAUGAAGUCAUUCGCUUAAUUAUCACGCAAGCUCAUGGUAACAAAGCGCACAUUGUUGGCGUCUCUUUCGGUGGUUUCGUAGCACUGAAUCUCGCUAAACAACGUCCCGACCUUAUACUAAGCGUCUUUUGCACAGGUUGUGCACCUUUCAGUGGCCUUUGGCGAUUCAUCACAUCGCGCCCUCGAUUUCUAGCCCGGCUUAGCAUUGUCAUGGCUUCUUUGGCAACCGAUGCCAUGUUUUGGUAUCCAAUUGGCAUCAAAGGUCUACCUGGCCUCCGCGAGGAAAUGAGGCGGAAUCAAUCGAUGUCUCUACUUACCAUUGGAUACUCUGCUGCCUGCUCGUUCACGCUUGCAGACAUUGCCGCCAUCAAAGACGUUCGCAUCGCGAUCGUCGCAGGAGCUCGGCGGGAUAAUGUGGAGAACACGUUGCGAGCUGGGAAAGCCCUUGUGCAGAACAAUCCAGCUUGUUGUGCCUUUGUGAUACGUCGAGCUGUUCAUCUGUGGGAUUUGCAGAUCCCGCAGGUCUUUGCUGCUGGCGUGGAAGCAUGGAUCAAUCAUGCAGAGAUGCCAAGCGAAUUUGAAGUGCUACAUGGCGGCUUGAUCACCUAAAGUUGAGCUUAAGGGCUUCACAGCGUAGCUCUCUUCUGCGGUUGCAAUUGAACAAUGCUCCAUCACGAGCCUGCACAAAAGGAACAGGACCUCGUGGCCAUCCUGAUACUGGACAAUCUGGCUGCAGGCAUCAUGCUGGUCAUUGAGGCGAUGCAAGAGUUUCGCUACUUCUUCUUCAGCAUCGUCAAUUUCAUCUUGCUCAUCCUCGGCAGUAUUGUCUUGUUGGUUUCAGAAAUGCCAAGCAACCUCUCAACCUCCCAACACGAUUAUUGCAACAGUCGUUGCCUGUUUUGAGCUACAGUCAUUCUCGCGCAUGGACAGGUCUACCAAUUCUAGUUAUCGCUAAAACGAUCCUCAAUAGCCUGCGAUCAUCCUUCUAUGACAUCUCGACUGGCUUCACCUCACAACCACUUCGCAGCCUCGUCUUCGCUGCUGGUGUCGCAUCAGGCGUGCCGAGCCUUCUUUA